AUGCAGUUGCCAAUCCUCUGGUUGUUAUUGCUCAGCGGCGUCGGUGCUGAGGUUUGUUUUGAACUUUGUACGGCAUUUUGAACGGAUUCAAAGUGCUCUCCAGAGAGUUUUGAUAGAUAUGCCCUCAGGGCUUUUCAUAUAUUUUCAAGUGUUUUUUAAUUUAAAAUCCAAAAUGCAUUUAAGGGCUGCAAUUACGUCACUCUGGUCAAAUGCUUCAUCAAGAUUCUGGACGAGUGGACGUGGACGUUGUACGAGCUGAAGGAGAACGUGGUCACCAUCAAUGAAGACCAGUGUCGCCACCUGAGGGAACUGGACAAUUGUAUUCAGGUUAGUGUUCCAGACAUUAACUGUUGUGAUAUGGCCGAGAAAUGCCCGAAAUUGCCUUAUUUGUAUAAGCUUUUUAGCGUUUUCUGGUUAAACUAGCGUCUAGCGUUGUUUUUGUUUACAACUUUAGCCAAAAUUGCAUAAAAUUGUCACAAAUAUGCGAGUUUGUCCUCCAUUUUGAUUUAACUAUAUUGUUCUUGUCCAAGCUCUCUCUGAGGUUUGUGAUUAAUCGGCUCGCUGUCAACUGCACGAAAUGAUGGAUGCGGUUUCUAAACGAACUAAUUAAUAAGCGAGCCGUUCGACCGGAAAUGGCCCAAAAGUCGGAUCUCUUUCGGAUAUGCAAAUUUGGUGUCUUUAAACAAACCGACUACAAAGACGGCUUAAAACAGCCGCAAAUGGGGCUCAAUUAGGGCCCCAAACACAAUUCCUCGUUAAAUUGGGCCGAGAGCGUCGAGAGUGGACACUCGGAAGCCGAAACACCAUCGGCAUGUUUUGGGAGAGUAAUUCGAUUUGUUGCAGGACCGUGGCGACAUCCCCCACGAGUGUAACCACAACGAGAUCGUCGCCGCCUCGAACACCGUUAGCGACCUGUUGACACAUCGCAAGAAUUCUGGCAGUUUCCUGAAGAGUUACUACCUCCUCACCUACGCUUGCUCGGCAGAAGGUCAGGAGCUUCUGAAUGAGCACAGAAGCUGUCUGUCGGCCGAAAAGAUUGGCGAAAUGACAAUAUCAGCCGGUACCUACUUGAGCGAAAAGUUCUUGGAACACCCUGACGAUCAGGUAUGUACAGAAGUCAACAACAAGCUACAGGAGUAUAUGGAUGCUAUGAGUGGACUGUGCCAAGAAGAAGCUUCUCAGAUCAUGUGCAAGAGUCUGGUCAACAUGUUCAAGGUAAGGACUGUCAUAUUGUGUUAUCUGUUUUGUUUCGAAUUGAUCUGAAAAGACUAUAUUGUUUAUACUUUUUUGUUUUAAAAUCAAAACAAUAGUCUUUCUGAUAAUGAUAACAACAAAACAGUAGUGUAAUAGAUAAGACCGUAAUAUUUAUCAGACUUUUAUUAUCUUUUGUCAUACAUUAUUUCAUCUAGUAUAAUAUCUAUAUACAAUAUAACAAUCAAAUGAAUAACAUUCUACUUCAGGGAUUACACGCUGACAAACUGCACCACUGUGAGUUCACAUGCCUCAGGAAACUGACGACUCCAGCACCGAUCGAAGGUGAAGUUGUAGAUCAGAUGAAUGCCAACAGUGAUCAGCUGGCAGCAUCGUCAACGUCAGUCAAGUUCAUGGGAGCUACGGUGAUAUUGGUGCUCUCCACAUUCCUACUAUGA